UCAAUUGAACGACCGUAAUAAUACGCACAUAUGCCAGCAUCAAUCCCAGUAACCAAUGCGCAUUCCACUGCUCAAAUGAGCUUCUGAUGGAAUUUCUUUUAUAAGGCAUUCGUUGUUAACAGUCAUGCAGUUAGUUAACGGUCAGCAUUUUCUAAAGUAACACGCAGAUUUUCGGAAAUAAUGACGCUAAUUCAGAUUGUGGCAAUGUUACUUUUCGCCAAUGCAGCCAUAACGAAAGACAUGCACGGACCACCAUGGAUGUCACCCGGUUGCCAUAAAGUUGGCCACACUAGGAAAAUUGAAAUACCCGAUUGUGUAGAGUUUACAAUUAACACCAACGCAUGUCGUGGAUUCUGUGAGUCGUAUGCUGUUCCGUCGCCACCAUUAACAACUGGCCUUGUACGAGCACCGAAACCAGUAACAUCGAUCGGCCAAUGCUGCAACAUUAUGGAAUCGGAGGAUGUGAAUGUUAGACUGAAUUGUUUAGGAGGGCCGAAAAAUUUGACCUUUAAAUCAGCCACCAAAUGCUCGUGCUAUCACUGCAAAAAGGAUUAAAAGGAGCAAUAUGCGCAUUGAUUCCAUUCUAUAAACAAUUGACUUGUUGCUCCAAUUCGGUUCGUUUUGUUUUUAAUGUGUUUCACAUAUUUACCCCAGUUUUUAUUUGGUUGAAAAAAGGAAAUCCCUUGAGUGUUUUGGGGUUGUUUUUUUUUCGUUCGUUCACUGAUUGGUAUUAAUCAGCCUACAUGUAUUCGGCAUUGUUAACGGGUAUAGUUUGAGAGCAUCGUAUGAAUUAUAUAGAUGCGCAGGUAAAUAUUUGGUGUAUUAAUGAAUUCUCAUCCCUUUUAUGAUUGUAAAUCCUCUGAGCCACACUAUGUACG